AUUACUACUUUGCUCCGUAACGCGACUCCACUUACUUCAUCGAUAAUCUUGAUAUUUUUAAAUCCACCAAAAUGGCCACUUUCACCACCUUCGCCGACCUGUCAACCGCUCCACCUGCCGAGCCAGAAACUACGACCGUGCUUCGACUCCGCCUCACGAAUCGUGCCAGCGAUCUUCACCGCAACCGAGAACAACUCAACGAUCUAGGAAUUCAGCAAACGUGGCGGCAAAGUUUUUUCAACUUGCUCCCAACUGCACCUUGGGCGGAGCAAAUAGAGCUUGGAACGGAGCCUGAAGGGGUAACAACGGAGGCAGAGACUGAGGAAAACUUGAGAAAACUGAGGGCACACUUUGCCAAAAUGCGUGACGCCAUUCAAGCCCAUGAGGUUUCCGCGAUCCGAGAAAUGCGUCAAUUACCGGGAGCCCAACAACGACAAGUCCUCACUUUCUGGGAACAUGCAUCCGUCUUCUUUAUGGACGUGCUCAAGUGGUUGGAAGCUGCAUUUUUGGAGGUUUUAGACAAAAUCAAGCAGGGUUUCAAAAUUGUGAAAAAGGUUCUAGCCGACAUUUUUAAAACGGUGAGUGGCUUUCUGAAGCAGGUUUUUGCUUAAAAUUUAAAAGCAAUAUAAUUCACUGUUUAAUAGUUUUGUGAUAUUUCACUGUAAACAUCGAUCAUUGUUACAAAUGAAAUUUGAUGUGUCUCAAUUGUAGUAAUAUGUAUGAAUAUAUAAAUUUAACAUGGCUCAAAUCAAUAAAUAAAUAAAAAAAAUAAUUUAAUUGU